CUGUUUCAUUCUAGGUGAAGGUUGGGUUGCAGGCGGUUAAAAAAUGCACGUUUGUGGCUGGACCGCGGGCGGCCAACAAAAACGGCACAGCACAUUUGAUGGCGGAGGCCGUUUCGAUAGCCCAACUGCUUCGGCGACAGCUGCUCAUAAAAAGGGCGGUUGAGACAACAGGGGCCUGCCUGCCUAGACCCGAGACUGUCCUCUUCUAUGCACCGCAAUGUAUCUAAUGCCACAAACAUCGGCAUAAGGUGCGAGCGCCUCGAGCGGCUGUCAAUAUGUCCACCAGCCAAGACGCAAAGCAGGCAGUGUUGGAUAUUGCCAAAAAGCAUGGGUUCGUGGACGAUGAAUAUUGGCGCAGACUUCGACAAUUGGACCCUAAGAUAGAGCGUGUAUUCCAAGAGAGCUUUUUAGCCAUGGGCGAGUUCAAUGGGCAUAUGAUCAAAACGCUCGCAAAGAAUAUCUACAGCAGCGACGCGCGCUUCGUGUUCGAGUUGCUUCAGAAUGCAGACGACAGCCGCUUCCAGCGCGCCAGAGUGCGCGGCGACCUGCCGUCAAUCGCCUUCCAUGUGCACCCCGGCCGCAUCGUCGUGGAAUGCAACGAGGACGGGUUUACCAAGCGCGACCUGUCGGCCAUCUGCGCGGUCGGGCAGAGCACUAAGUCAGGGUCCCAUGGAUACAUUGGGGCCAAGGGGAUCGGCUUCAAGUCGGUCUUUAGCGCUGCCUGGAAGGUGUAUAUCCAGUCCGGAUACUUCUCUUUCUACUUCAAGCACCGAAAGGGUGAUCUGGGCCUAGGAAUGAUCCUGCCUAUCUGGGUUGAUGGUGAUGAUGAUAACGAUACACAAAACGAGCUUCCGAGCCCGUCCCCGGUGACGCGCAUGACGCUUCACCUCCACGACAAAGGAGACCCCGAAGAGCUUGAGCACCUGCACAACAUCAUCCUCAAGCAGCUGGAUGGCCUUCAGCCGACUUGCCUCCUCUUCCUGCGGAAUCUGAGGCGCAUACAGGUCAUCUCCUACGACGACGGCGGUCGCACGACAAAAUCCCGAGAAUUCCGCCAGAUCGGGGACGCCGAAAACCAUCGGGUGACCUUGGAAUCUACUGUGACGGACCAAGGCGGAGAGGCCACAACAGAGGAACGCCACUUCCACGUCACGCGCCACAUGGCCUCUAAUCUUUCCAGGAGCCAGAACCGCGAGCUGUCUGGGCCGGAGGAGAAAAGCAGGGCCUUUUCCGAAGCCGAGGUUGUGCUGGCGUUCCCUCUCACGGGCUGCUCGGCCCCAGUCGUCGGCAGACAGGAGAUAUUUGCUUUCUUGCCAGUCGAGGACUCAACCUUCAAGUUCCUCAUCAAUUCAGACUUCGACACCACCGCCAGUCGACAGAGAAUUGUGACAACGUCAAGAAGGAACAUCGACCUGCUGGAUGGGAUCGCGGCUGCCUUCCUCACAGCUGUUCUGCAGUUUUGCGAACACGAGAGCCUAUGCUACACAUGGCCCAUGUUCCUUCCCGCGUCUGAUGACAAGCUGAGCCAGUUCUGGUCGGGCCUGCACGAUAGGAUCAAGCAGCUUAUAACCGGGACGCCAGUCUUGAGGUCGCGACAUUCAGCCCACCUCCGCCGCAUCCAGGAUGUUGUCAUUUUGGCAGACGACGCAACGGAUGAAGAUGGAGGACCGCUCCUUGACUGUUGUGUCCGGGAUCCCUACCUGUCGGAUGCGUAUCGAUUGAGCUCAAGGCAGGUUCUGCAAAAAUACGGGCUACAGGUCUUAAGCCUUGAGAUAUCGGUAGCCUUGCUCAAGUCCGACCUUAACAGCAGCAGUUCCAAAAUGAAGGCGAAAUCGACUAGCGAUGGCUGGCACUCGGCAACCGCAAAGCUCUUCUCCAAGUGCUUCGAGAGGGGUUUCCAAAACCUAAUCUCUGAACUUAAGGAUCUUCCCUUGCUUCCAUUGGCGAGCGGUGCCUGGGUAUCCGCCAACAGUGGCGUGGUACAUAUGCCAAUCACGAUCAGGGGCAUCCCCAUCCCGCCAGGCCUGGACAUGCGCGUGCUGGAUUCUUCCGCGGCUAAGAACCAUGAUCGGAGUGGUCUUUUCAGACAUCUCGGGGCCGUUGAAGCUUCAGUCAGCCACGUUCGGUCUGCGGUGCUGAAGGUGUACUCACCACCCAUUCGAUCUCAUGUGGGCGUGGCUGUCUCCAAAGCCCAGCUGCAUUUCUUAUAUCUCGCCUCCAGACUGGAGAAAACACCGUCCGACCUGAAAAACAUCUACGUGUACCUGAAAGUCGGCCCCGCUGCAUACCCACAUCGACAAGACGUCUAUCUCCCGGGCGGCCACGCAUACGGGCCUGAGGCACUGCUGGAGCCAGCAGGUGACGCGCCGGGUCUCCAGGUUGCUUUUCUCCACCCAAUCUACCUCGAAGAUGUGCCCACCCUUCCAGGGUCGCAGGAUCCAUCGUGGAGAGAAUGGUUGCUUAAGCACCUUGACAUCCGUGAACGUUUGAGGAUUGUUGAUCGCAACGGCGACUCGCUCUCGGAAAUCUGGAUCUACGUUGCCUCGCAGCGGCCCGGCAAGCUCCUCGGGCUGCUGGAGCAUGCCUGGCAGGACGAAGGACCUCUGGUUCAGAACAGCAGUGCCCUGACAUCUGCGCUCAAGGAUACAGACGCAAAAAGGCUAUGCGGGCUUAGCUUCCAUUCCGACUGCACACUUGGCUCCACAUGGCUGCCGCUUCCUGGUCUUCAACAGAAGAAACUUCGCUUCAUGGCUGCAUCGGACCCGUUCCCCUUCCUUGAGCUGGAGGAGGCCGGUUCAGCAGUGCAGCUGACUGCCAAGUGGGGGUUUCUCGAGCAAUUUGGGGUUGGGAUCGGAGUUGGUGACGAGGUCGACUUCCUCCUCGAUGUCCUUUAUUGGAUUAACCCUACCUCAGAUGAGACAUAUGAAGGCAAGGCGCUUGAUGUCUACUCCACGAUUCAGGCCAAACUUUUUGGACUAGAAUCCCAAGAUCGAAAGCGAGCAAUCAGGAAGAUCCGGAGUUUUAUCGACAAAUAUGCUCUAGUAGUCGCGCCUAGCGAUGUUAGCCACACAAUGGACUGGGUUGCACGCGACGAUUGUCUGUGGGAAGGUCCUCCCGGAAUGGAAACUAGACCCGCAGUCAAGUGCUCCUACACAUGCCUGUGCGGAGAUGACGCCGAGAAACUUGACCUGGUCUCCCGUUUCUUCAAGCAGACACUGGAGAUUCCGGAUGCUUCUUCAGAGCAUAUCGUGCAGGAACUAGAUUGGAUGCGGAAGCACGACCAGGGGGACUUUGACCGCAUUUACGGUUUCUAUCGCUACUUGAGCAAGAUUGCGACUCCCACGCAAGAUACAAGGCUUGCGUUUGAAUCCAAGCACCGUAUCUUCGUCCCGCAAGGCAGCAGCCGUGGCUGGUACAAGACGAGCCAGUGCCUGUGGUCCAGCACGGCCGAUAUCCAGGGCAAAGUAACGCUGAAUGACCACUACGAAGACCUGAAGGACUUCUUCCUCGAAAUUUUGGGCGUCAAGACGCUCACUGCCCAGAUGGUGUACGACGACCUAAAGCAGACAACCCCAGAGGCCUCGGUUGAGCGGGUCAAGAACACGAUCGAGUCCUUCAGUUCGCUCCUUCGGGCAGAGCCUAGCAGCCGCCUGGAUCCCAGGGAGCUGAUCCAGGCCGCAUUCCUGCCCGUCAGGUAUCCGGGCGGGCCGGUCGUGCUCAGGUCUGCAGAGGCAAACUUCGCCAUUGUUGAUCGCGAAUACUUAGGGGAGCUGUUCAGGGACCGCAUCAAGCUUUUGGAUUACAGCCUAGAGGACGUGCGGCGCCUGACCCCGUUCUUCCGGUGGGCCGGCUUGGAGCACUGCUACCUCUCUCGGUGCACGAGGGAGAUCACAUCCGCAUCGAGCGAGUCAACACGGCCGAUCAAAAUGCCCAGCCGAAGACUCAGGUCAAAGGCGCACGCCAUCCUCCGCGUUGCUGCCACCUUCAACAGCCCCAGAUACGAAGCCGACCAGAAUGGACUGUACCAGCUGCUACGCACUGCCCAAAUGCUCGAGACGGACAGGAUAUCAACAAUGUUCUCAAUAUCUCAGGACGGGCACUGCAUUGACGUCGAGCAGGCCGAGGGUGAUUUGCACAUCGACGAGACCCCGUCAGCUCUCACGGUCUUCGUACCCUCGAACAAAAAGAAGCAGGAAGUCUGCUACCACUUGGCCCUGCCUAAAAGCCUCGGCGCCUGGCUGAUGCGGGAUCCCACGACCCAGAUCCAAGACACGGUCGAGGAGGCGGCAGUAACGACGCUUGCUGCAAUACUGAAUGCGUCCGCGUCUGAAGUCGUUAUAAACUCCAUUCUCGACGGCUGCGGCAUCGUGAAUGUGCCGCUGCCGAGAGAGGCUGGGACCGAUGACGAAGCCGAAACGGAUACUGAGGCAGAGGCGGAGGAUGCGGAAGAGGACGGAGAAUCCGCAGCUGGGCCGCCGGGGCAGCUGAUCACUCCGGACGGGUCAUCGUUUGAGGCUUGGGACGACGACGACGGCGGCGAUUCUUCAAUCGUCAUCUCAACUAGCGUGGCGGCAUCUCGACUGGCCCGCAGGGAUCCGUCAAUGCUGCGAGCGGUGGCUGUAGUUCCCGAGCCACUUCCCUCCGGCGAGGACAGGCAGUACAUCAGGAUCCUGGACGGGGUUCUGAAGGCGGCGCGGGCGGCCAGCUUCCCCUCGAAGGGAGCCUUUUCCAUGGCUGCGCUCCAGGCUGCCCUGCCUGCGAUCGACCACGCCGCCGGGUUCGGCAGCUUCGACGGAUUCGAUGGGCGGGACCAGAUCGGGAGCAGGUUCCGGUCAAGCACCAAGCUCGAGCGCGACAAGAAGAUUGGUGCGGCAGGCGAGCUAUAUGUCUUCGAGCUACUAUCUAGGCUGGAGCCCGCCCUGAGCGGCUGGGGCCGCGGCAACUGGCAGAGCAGCAUCCGCAAGUACGUUGCGGAGCACCAGGAUUACGCGGACAUGGAGCCCUGGUACGGAAUCGAGACGGCAGAUAUCACCUAUGCGGACUCCGAAGGCGACCUGACCGCCCUCCUCGUGGACCGCGGCUACCUCGACGGGGACCUGUGGCGCGGUGCUAGGCCGAGGUACUUGAUCGAAGUCAAGUCGACGACGGGGCCGUGUGGCGUCCCCUUUUACAUGAGCAAGGGACAGUACCAGAUGAUGAAACAUUCUCACGCAGGAACUAACCGUCGCAAGGUGUACAUGAUCGCCCGCGUCUUCGACAUUGGGGGAAGUCGGACGGGAAUGCGCGUGUAUGUUGAUCCGGAACAGAUGCGGCUGGAUAAUGCGCUGGCGUUUACGGCGGAGGCAUGGUCCGUAGUCCCUGGGCCAUCUGCGUAAUAGGACUACUAUCCGACGCUUUUUGGAGAUCAAGGGACCUUGCCUGCCAUGAUUUUUCUCUCUGACUUGGUCGGAUCAUGUGGCGGCGGCUCCCACAAUACCGUUCACUUUGAUCAGUUAAAUGCAAUCCGCACUCCUAUCUCAACAUCCCGACCAUAUUCCCUGACGCCUUUUUCCCUUAACCCUCCUUACACCGUUG